GCCAGUAGGCUUGCAAGAGCUGUGAAAGCAGUAAGUAAAGAGUUCUCCCCUCCCAAGCAAAGGAUGAGCUUGCCUUGACAGGCAGGCACUCGUAGAAGCUGCUGCUGCUCCCUGUGUGUAGGCUCUCACAAAUCAGGAAGGAGGGGAAAGUGACAGAGAAACAAUAACACCAAAAACUCCUCCAAAACAGCUGACGAUGAAAGUGAGCAGGAAGAAAGCAACUUGAAGGCAGCAGCAGGAGGAGGAGAACGAUUUUCCAAGAAACCUGGAACAGCAAAUCUGACCUUCCUCCGGAGAACAUUAGGCUAACUACUCAAGUGCUUCAGCAGGACAAUUGCAGCUGUGUCUGUGGGCUGCUGCAGAGAGCCAGGCAGAUGCCUGUGGAGAAGUAGUCUGCUACGUGCCAGCGGAUCUGAAGUCAGGAGACAGUCGACAGAUCCUGAUCUCAGGUGCAAUGGUGUCGAUACAGAAUAACUCCUACCUGUCUAGGGCAAUGGAGAACUUUAUGGUUCUGCGCUCCUGGAACACGAGCGCCAACUCAUCCACUGUCGACUGCAGCGUGGAAGACAACACGUACAAGUGCAAAUUUGAUGAGGAGUUCAAGUACAUUCUGCUGCCCGUCUCCUACGGCAUCGUGUGUGUGGUGGGGCUGUGCCUCAACCUGCUGGCCCUCUACGUCUUCCUCUUCAGGAUCAAGACCUGGAAUGCCUCCACCACGUACAUGUUCAACCUGGCCGUGUCCGACACGCUCUACGUGGUUUCCCUGCCCUUGCUGGUUUAUUACUACGCCAAGGGGGACAAUUGGCCUUUCAGUGUGGGCUUGUGUAAAAUAGUCCGUUUCCUGUUCUACACCAACCUCUACUGCAGCAUCCUCUUCCUGCUCUGCAUCAGUGUCCACCGUUUCCUGGGCAUCUGCUUCCCGCUGAAGUCACUGCAGUGGGGCCGUGUCCGCUACGCGCGGAGAGUGUCAGGGGUGGUCUGGUUGGUCAUAAUCACGUGCCAAUCACCGGUGCUCUUCUUUGUCACCACCAGUGUGAGGUGCAAGACUAUCACCUGCCACGACACGUCGAGCAAGGAGCUCUUCGGCCAGUUCGUCAUCUACAGCUCGGUGAUGCUGGUGCUGCUGUUCUGCAUCCCUUUCCUGACCAUCAUCGUGUGCUACUACCUGAUGGCUCGGAAGCUGCUGCAGCCCACCCAGGGGACCUCCAAGAGGUCUAAGUCCAAAAAGAAGUCAGUCAAGAUGAUCAUUGUUGUCCUGGUGGUCUUCAUCAUCUGCUUCCUUCCUUUCCACGUCACUCGCACCUUGUACUACUCCUUCCGGAGCUGGGACCUUAGCUGCGGGACCCUCAAUGCCAUUAACUUAGCCUACAAAGUGACCAGGCCCUUAGCGAGCACCAACAGCUGCCUGGAUCCCAUUUUGUACUUCUUAGUAGGCCAAAGGUUUGUGAAGUUCUCGGGCAACAAAAUGCCAGUGAAAACUCCAAACCGAACGGCCCUGAGGGUAACUCCCACCAGCAACACAGGAACCAGCAACAACCUAGAUAUGAUAGCCAAAAUGUGAAAUCCAAGCCUGCUACAUUUCUGUCCACUGUCCUGCCACAUUGCAGACUAUUCUGUCUCCAUGGUGGAAGGACUUCUCCACCGUGUGUAGGGGAGUCUGGCAUGUGGCCAUUAUGCAUGUGUAACCCACUGGUGAGUGUGUUACAGGUCCCACUCUGCACUGAGUUACAGAGGAUCUGAGUUGUUGCAGCCCCCAGCUACAGAGGCAUGACUCGUUAGCUAAAGCUGCAGCAGCUCUUGCUUUUCGCUCUGAAGGUCCUACCUGUGGUGGGUCAGCCAAGGUGACGGCUGUCACCCAUUCGGUUGAUUCCCUAGGCUUCAGGUGUUGAUGCUUGAGCAGGAAUGGCUCAACAAGAUACACCUGUGUGUAUGUCACCAGUUUAAUGAGCUUGUGGAACUAAGGUGCUGCUUCAAUGAUAUAUUGUAAUCCCAUAUGCAUGUCUUCGUUCAGCUCUGAAACCCAAAUACUCCUCCUCCAAACCCGCUCCUCUCUCUGAUACGGAAUGGUGUCUAUCCAGGAGUGAGAAAAAACUACCUGCUGCAUGGUGGUCAGGCCAAAGAAGUGACAAGCAUGCUAAAAGAAUAAUAGCCGUGCUAAAAGUUCAUACUGGUUUUUCUAAAAUUUUUCUAAAAUUUUUUCAAAAAAACCCCAAACCCGAACCCACCUGUCGAUAUUAUUGAAAUGUUCUGCCUUUCACAACAUUUUCUGCCAUAUUUUCUGUUGAUGUUUUUAUCAAGAAAUUAUUGCAAUCGGCAAGAAAAGCAGUGCGUGAAAAAUGCCGAUAAUUAUUUUGAUAAAAAUUUCAAUCUGAAUAUUGACUUAAAAUAUCUCUGAAAAUGGAGCUCUGGGAAAUGGAAAAGACUUUGACGUUUUUCACAAAAUCAUUUCCCCAUUUUUCAUGUAGUGCAUCUAUUGGGGAAGUUUUUAUCAUUCAUAUUAGGGAUGUGAGACUUUUCGCCUCACUCCAAGCCGGGGGGAUGACUCAGCAGAAAAGUAGUUAAACUCUGCAAAGUCUUUUCCUCCUGGGUGAAUGUUUAGCACAAGAAAGGAAAGUAAGUAAAUUAUAGGCAGAAAGGAAACAGAAAAACUCCCCAGCAAGGGGUUCUACCCACUUUUAUGGGUUGCCUGACCUUCUCAAAGGCAAUAGCCCUCCUCUAUCUCCCGAGUGUUUGUUCUCAUAGCUUUUCUCCAGAGAACACUGCUUGUUCACCAGGCACGGGAUAGUGCUGCCCUACCCUGUCACACCCAAAUUCUAAAGGCUUUUCGAAAGCCAUAAGGCCUCCAAACUGCAGCUUUUACUAAUUGCCCAAUACUGACUUUAAUUUUGGGUGGGGUUUCUUUUUAUCCUUUCCCUAGUGAUUCAUCUUUCCUGAGAAAGCGAUAAGGCCUUUCAUGAUAUAGCUGGCCAGGCAAUCCGGGGCUGGCGUGUAAGCUCCAUCUACAGUGCCAUUUAUGUUGGCAAAAUUUUAUGUUGCUCGGGGGUGUGAAAAAACCACACCCCCUGAGCGACAUAAAUUUCGCUGGCGUAAGCGGCAGUGUGCCCAGCCCCAUGUCAGCGGGAGAGUUUCUCUCACUGACAUGGCUGCUGCGGCUCAUUGGGGGUGGUUUAAUUGUGUGACGGGAGCGCGCUCUCCUGCCGGCACAGAGCGGCUACAUCAGAGAUCUUACAGGGCGCAGCUGCAUUGGUACAGCUGUGCCACUGUGAGCUCGCUAGUGUAGACGUGGCCUAAGCAACUAGAUGUACAGCAGCUGGGAAACAUUGUUCUAGCAUGGAGGCGACAGCACGCUGCAACUUUUAGCAAUUUGCCAGGAGCUGCAGCUAAUUGAGAAAGGGCCCGAUUCUGCCACUUUUACUCAGUACUGAGCCUGACUCAACCAUGGGCCAGAUCCUCAGCUGGUGUAAAUCAGUCUGGCAUUAUUAAAGCCAAUGGUCCUCGCUAGAAAAUUAGGCAGUGUUAGAACACGACCGAGAGGAGUCAGGUUAAGUAACAUGAUGUUAAACCCUACUUUGUAGUCAGUGGGCUUGUCUUCACUGCCAAGUUAUAACGUGAGUGUUGUCCCUAACUCGAAUCUUGCCUACACACGCAAACCCUUAGCUCCAGUGUGGUGGUGCUUUUAACUCGAGUUUGCUGGCCUAUUAAGGCGUAGGAGCUAAAGCUUGAGUUAGUGCAACUCAUGAGCUGCCAACAUGACCACUUAAGUGUGGAUGCAGGCUAGUCCCACUUGAGUGUGACCAGUCCUCCAAUGCCUUCCCACAAUUCCCUCAGUGUGCCCAGUAAGGACAGACCAGGCCAGCCACAAUUCACUGGGAAAGAAUUCAUAGAGUGGCUCAGCUUGCAGGAGUGCAAAGAACCGUGGGAUAUGACCCGAGAAGUCUUAGCGCCACACACGAGUGAGUGCAACGCCAAUGUGAACACAGUUAUUUCAUAGUGUGGGUGCACUCACUCAAGCUAGGCUAAAUCAGUGGAGAUAUCCUGAGAUAACUCUGCAGUGAAGACAGACUAGGGACAAGUUGUAUUCAACAUCAUGUCCACAGGUCGUGGUUAAUCCUAUCCUUCCACUAGGUUUUAACCCUGACUAGCUGAAAUGAGGUUAACGUGGCUUGCCCCUGAUUACACUGAUUUGUAGAGAAGCAGAGUGGUCCAAUGGAUAGAACAUGGUCUUGGGUGUCAGGAAAGCUGGGUUCUGUUCCUAUCUCUUCUACUGUUAUGACCUGGAUUAUACAGAAAGUUGGUCUAAUGGUCCUUUCUGGCCUUAAAAGCUAUAAGUACAUAGCUGAGUUUAUCAAGGUCUAGCAUUUUCUAUUGAACACAAAGCCCAGGGUGCUACACUGAUUUACACCUUCUGAGGUUCUGCUCCCAUGGAACUAGUAGUAGAUUACAGUACUCCUCAGUGUGCGUAAGGUUGCUAGGAUCUUGCCCAUGAUUGUUAAAAUAAAUGUGCACCCUCCCUAAUAUUUGCUUGUGCUUGUAUCUUCCCUUUUGGAAUUGCUGGUGGGUUGAGUUCACAAGCAAAACAACCUUCAUGUUGAUCAGAUUGCCCACUCCCUUCCAAGAUUCAUAUGCCCAUCAACUGAGACAUUUGAAGCUAGACUGGAGAAAACAUUAGAAAAUGUCCUGCACUGGUCAGGUCUAGCUGAGCUAAUAGAUCUUUUCCAUCUCUAAUUUCUAGGUCUUAAAAAUGGUUCAGCCCAAGCACAAAAUUUCUUGCCCUCCGUUACCAACAUGAUGAUGAUGAUGAAAAAUGGGUGAUGUUUACUCACCCAUAACUAAACACAACACAAAACUGCUUUUCCCAGAGAAGUGGGUGAGUAGAAUUUUGCAAGAGCAGACAUGGCUGCAUUUUAGGACUAUGCAGAUAACACUUUGCCCCCAUCUAAACCCACUGCUAGGAAUAAGACCUCUCAGUUUCUCCUGUCCCUAGAUUUUACAUAUGUGUGGUGGACAAAGACACCCAGCGGUAUAAGACCGCGUGUGAUACACGCAAGAAUCCGAUCCAAUGCCUAUGAAGCCAAUGGGAGUAUUUCCAUUGACUUCAGAGGGACAUGGAUCAGGCUUCAUAUGAAAGACAGGAUUAGGCACGAUUAAAAAUCCCACUUAGUAUGUUUCUCUCUGAUUUAAUAGUGGCCCAGUAUCAGAUAUGAGUGAACAAAGUUAUGCGGGUUCAGAGCAACCAGAGAGGUACUGACUGGAAGUUUUUAUUUUUGUUUUUGAAAGUACUAACUUAUACUAAAAAAAACGGUCAUUUUGGGGACAAUAUAGCACAUUUUUAUUUUUGUAAUAUGUAAUGAUCUUGUAUUGCUUAUGAUAAAAUAAGUUUAUUUCUAU